UGUGCUUAGAAAACAAAGAUGUUUCAAUUUUCAAGUGGUGGUGGAAUUGAGGAGCCAUCUACAUGUUUUGACGAAGACAAAUUCGUCCAAGAUCUGCUCCUAGAUUUCCCAACACCAGAGGGCAAAAACAACCUCGUUGGUAAUAAAAAGAGGUCAAGAAUAGAAAAUAAUGAGGGCGACAAGACGGCUCCUAGGUUAAUUGAGAAGCAGAGGAGGCAAGAAAUGACAUCCCUUUAUGCUUCUCUCAGAUCCCUUCUCCCUCUCCAAUAUGUCAAGGGCAAGCGCGCUGUGUCGGAUCACAUGGAGCAGGCGGUGAAUUAUGUGAACGAUAUGCACAAGAAGAUCGAUGAGCUGAAGAGGAGGAGGGACAUGUUGAAGAAACCGAGUUCUAGUGUAGUUGGUGAUGGGAGUCAGAGCUCGAAUUCGACAAACACCUGUGUUGAGAUUAAGGUUUUGGCUGAUGGAUUAAUGGAGAUCUUCAUUAGUAGCAGCAGCAAUAUCCAAGGGGAGGGUUUUCCCUUGUCAAAGGUGCUUGAAGAUUUGCUUAAGAGAGAGCUCAAUGUUAUUGACUGUGUUUUUACCAGAGAUGCAAGAUGUUGCCUCAACAAAAUUCACAUUCAGCUUAAUGAUAGCACAAGUAUUGACCUAUCUGAGCUGAGGGAGGGAUUGGUGAAUGUGAUUAGGCUUGCUUAAACAAUUGCA